GUAACAUCAAGUAUAGUUCAGUGUGUCGUCAGGCAAGGGAGGGAGAGGUCACGGCGGGAGCGUUCGCGGGGUUUUCCAGGGCGUGAGUUAGCAUUGGCGCGGCGGGGAGGUGAGGCGGCGGCGGGUAUAUAAGGGCGUGCCAUGGCGGGGGCGUGUCACUGUCAGCUGAGUUCCGUGGCUGCCGCAACGAUGGUGGUGCUGGUGUUCGCCGCGGCCGUGGCCACCCUCACGUCCCUCAUCACUGCCCAGGAGACACCCACGCCAGGACGAAACUGCUAUCGGAAAUGCGUGGAAGGCGACUCCAGAGUGUGCCAUUUCGAUUUCGAUGUCCAACCUUACCAAACGAUGUCCAGGGCGUGCUACGGGUGCCCCUUCAACGUGACAGACUGCUCGCGGCCUCACUGCAUAGGAGCGGACGGAGUGACUCGCCGGGUGCUGGUCGUCAACAAACAAAUGCCCGGACCGCCCAUACAGGUCUGCCAAGGUGACACAGUGGUCGUGAAUGUCAAAAACUCCCUCAGCAGUGAAGGUCUGACAAUUCACUGGCACGGGCUGACCAUGGAGGGCCGCGGCAGCUCCUCCUCCGGCACCCCUCACAUGGAUGGCACUCCGGGGGUGACGCAGUGCCCGAUACCUGCCGGGUCCACCUUCAAGUAUAAGUUUGUGGCAUCAGAUGUUGGCACCCACUUCUACCAUGCCCAUACUGGCUUCCAUCGAGGGGACGGCGUGUUCGGUUCACUAAUAGUCCGCCAACCACCCGCCAAGGACCCAAAUUACGACACAUUUGACUACGACCUUCCCGAACAUGUGAUGCUGUUCCACGAUUGGCUCCACAUCCCCACUGAGGACAAGUUUCUCUUCCGCCAUCACAGUGGAGGCGAUGAUUUCCCAGAGUCCAUGCUGGUGAACGGACUCGGACCACACCAGUUCGCCAUGCCUGGUUCUGCCCCUGCCCUGAUGCCCUAUGCCAAGUUCAAGGUUGCUCCAGGCAACAGUUACCGUCUGCGGCUCAUCAACACAGCUAUCCUGAACUGCCCCAUCACUGUGACUGUCGCGGACCAUCUGCUGACCGUGAUAGCGUCAGAUGGCAAGCCUCUGGUGCCGGUCAAUACCUCGUCGUUGGUGGUUUACCCGGGCGAGCGCUGGGAUGUGGUUCUUCAAGCUGACCUCGAGAAGUCCGGGUUCUUCUGGAUCAGCUUCGUGGGUCUCGUCGACUGCAUGGAGACUCAGGCCCACCAGUAUGCCCUGCUUGAGUAUGAAGACCUAGCAGGACCUCAGCAGACCAGGGGGAGUGCCAGGUGGAGGGGCAGUAGGCAGGGACAACUCCAGCAGCCUCAGAAACCAGCUGGCGCCGUCUCACCCCUGCACACGGAAGUUGAGCAAAUCAACACCGUCAACAGCGCCUGCUCGCCCACCAAGCAGUGCGUGGCGGACAUGCGUUCCCCCGACCCCAUGCCAGCGGAAGCCAGGACCCCCUCGGCCAACAUCACCCUCUACUUGGCCUUUGAGAUGCGGAGGACACACAACCCGCACUUCUACUCACGUUCAUACUACAAUUUUGACCUGAUGAGUGAUGAGCAGCGGAUCCCGACGCCUCAGAUCAACAACCUCAGCUUCGUGCACCCCGCCACACCGCUCCUGCUGGGGGGAGGCGCCGGGGAGACUGCGUGCACCGCCGAGUCGCCCCCACUUGGCCGCAGCUGCCACGAGGACUACUGUGAGUGCCUCCACCUCUACCGCAUCCCCCUUGGUGCCACCGUCGACCUGGUGCUUAUAGACGAAGGCCAGUAUGGAGAUGAGAACCACCCCAUCCACCUCCACGGACAGUACUUCUGGGUUCUUGCACAGGGCAGGCCCAACGACGUUCCUGAUGCUGCCAUAACCCGCGAUGAGGUCAUCGCGCUGGACCACCAAGGCCGGAUCACCCGUAACCUGGUCAACCCCCCAUACAAGGACACGGUAACCAUCCCUGACGGCGGUUACUCUGUGGUGAGGUUCCGCGCCACCAACCCGGGCUACUGGUUGCUGCACUGCCACCUCCUCUUCCACUCGGCGGCUGGCAUGAACCUUGUCUUUAAGAUCGGAGAGGACCAGGACAUCCCCGCACCACCAGCUGGCUUCCCUACCUGCGGAAACUACAGAGGAUCGGAGCUCUAGUGUAAUGUGUUCCGAUCUUCCGCAAGAAUUGAUGUACCUGUUGGAAAGAAGUGACCUAACCUACCCUGACCUACCCUGACCUGUCCUCUUUGCCUCUUGACCUGCAGAAACUAUAGAGGAUCGGAGCUGUAGCCUAAUGUGUUCUGAUCUCCCACAAGAAUUCAUGUACCUGCUCUGUUGUGAAGGGAGUGACCUAGCCUAACAUGACCUGUCCUCUUAACCCCUCGACUUACGGAAACUACAGAGGAUCAGAGCUGUGAGUCUAGCCUAAUGUGUUCCGAUCUCCCGCAAGAAUUCACGUACCUGAUCUGUUGUGAAGGAGUGACCUUGCUUAACCUAACCUGACCUAUCUUGACCUGUUCCCAACCAACCCAAUGAAGUGUACCUGCUUUCUUUGACCUUCCCAGCCUGCACCAAUUAUCCAGGAGUGACCUACCCUAUGCUGACCUACCCUGACCUAUCCUCUUUGCCAUUGUGGUCAUUAUAAGAAGGAAGGGAAGGUGCAGGAGAGAAGGAGAGGGAAAGGAAAGGUAUAUGGAAGUAAGGGAAGGAAGAAUGGAAGAAAGAAAUGGAGGAAAGAGGGAAGGGAAGGAAGGAAGGGAGAAAGGAAAAUGUGCAUGGAGAGAAAGAAUGAAAAGAAGGAAGAAUUGAAGGAAGAGCGUAAGGAAGGAAGAAAUUAAAGGGAAACAAAGAAAUAGUGCAAAGGAGAGAGAGAGAGAGAGAGAGAGAGAGUAAAGAUAAAAAGAAGAAAAUUGAGGAGUGAAGGAAAGGAAAGGAAAAGAAAGGAAGGAAGGAAGGAAGGAAGAUUAUAUGGAUUGACAAGUUAGAUUCAGGACAGUAGUAGUAAUAGUAAUAGAAGUAGUAGUAGUAGUAGUAGUAAGGGCGAGACUCCUAUCCUGUGUAAUGCCUCUCAGUGCCAUGUUGAAGGUCGUCGUGUAGUCAGACUUGUGAUAGAGUUUUCUUAGGGGUUUAAAGAAAUAUAUAUACACAGGUGCAAGGCGAGUCAUAUGAUUAGACGAAGAUGUUCACUAAUUAUCAUCAUUACUAUUAUCAUUAUUAUUAUUGUUAUUAUUUUAGUGGACGAAUAUAAUGUCUGUGGAUGGAGUGAAAUGAUUUAUAUAAAGACAAAUAUGAAUGCCA